AUGGACAAGAUCCACCCGUGGAACGUCGUUCAUCGACUUGAAAAGCGAAGUCUGCUGAUAGCCACCAACUGCAUUGCCGGUCUCUCCAUUCUCUUCUUCGGUUAUGACCAAGGAAUGAUGGGCGGUGUCAACACCGCCUACGACUACUACACGCUCAUGGGUUUCGGCCAUCGAGGCCCGGACGGGGCCGUCGUGGUGACCAACGACCUGCUCCAGGGUGGAAUCGUCUCCGUCUACUAUCUCGGGACACUCGUAGGAUGUCUUGUCGGAGGAAGCCUGGGUGACAGGUACGGACGCAUCAGGACCAUCUUCGCUGGCGCCGCGGUCGCGGUGGUCGGUGCGUGCCUGCAGUGCUCCGCCAUGAACGCCUCGUGGAUGAUCUGCGCCCGUCUCGUCAACGGCUGGGGCACCGGGAUCCUGAACGCCAUUGUCCCGGUCUGGGCCACCGAGACGGCCGAGCACAAGUCCCGCGGGCAGUUCAUCGCCAUCGAGUUCACCCUCAACAUUCUCGGCGUCGUCAUUGCCUACUGGCUCGAGUACGGAUGCUCGUUCUACGGCGACGGCACCUCGUCUUUCAUCUGGCGGUUCCCUAUCGCGUUCCAGAUCCCCAUGCUCAUCGGGCUCAUGGGCGGCGUCCUGCUACUUCCGGAAUCACCUCGAUGGCUGAUCAAGGUCGGAAGGAAGGAGGAAGCCCGAUACAUCCUUGGCCGACUCCGAGGUGACACGGGGGAGGAGCGCCAGGGUGCCGAGGUUGAGUUUAGCGGUAUCGUUUCGUCCUGUGAGCUGGAGCGCGCCAACCUGCGUAACUCGAGCUACAUUCAUAUGCUGUUUGGCAUCGGCUCAGGCGAGCUCCAUACAGGCCGCCGCGUCCAGCUGGUCAUCUGGCUCCAGAUCAUGCAGGAAUGGAUCGGCAUAGCGGGCGUCACCAUCUACGCCCCCACCAUAUUUGGCAUCGCCGGCAUGGAUCCCGGAAAGCGCCAGUGGAUCGCGGGACUCAACAACAUCUUCUACAUGUUCUCGACCCUGAUCUGUGUGUUCACUCUGGACAGGAUCGGACGCCGCUGGACAUUGUACUGGGGUUCCGUGGGCCAGGGCAUUGCCAUGGCUCUCGCUGGGGCGUUCUCGUAUCUCGGGCAGGUGGCCACGGCCAAUGGCAAUUCCGGGCAGGCCGCCAGUUACGGCACCGCUGCGGUCGCGAUGGUCUUCAUCUUCACUUUUGUCUUUGGCGCGACCUGGCUCACCGUGCCGUGGCUGUACCCGGCCGAGAUCUUCCCGCUCGAGGUCCGGGCCAAGGGGAACGCAUGGGGCGUCGUGGGCUGGUCCAUCGGCAACGGGUGGCUCACGCUCCUGUGUCCCAUCAUGUUCGGCCACAUUGGCGAAAAGACUCUGUACAUAUUCGCCGCCUGCAACGCCAUCACCAUCCCCAUGGUGUGGGCUCUGUAUCCCGAGACGAACCAGCGGACGCUCGAGGAGAUUGAUCUCCUCUUCUCCUCGGACAAGAUCUGGAACUGGGAGGCCGAGAAGACGUUCGCCAGGCUGAAGCGGGAGCACGCCAAUGUUCACAACAACGACGGGGGCGCAUCAUCGGACAUGAAGGACGACGUCGAACAAGGCAACUCCAAAUACACGAGAGUCGGACAAGGACCAGCAUCCAGUGCUCAUGUGGAGUAG